AUGGGGAUUGUCGGAAGCCGUCUGGAAGACUCAGGGAGUCUGUAUUUUAAGGACCAGAACAAGUUUACAAUUGCAUCCGUGACGAUAUCGAAUCCUCGUCGCGUGCUUUUGAACCUCGUCCCGAACUCCUUCCCCGCCACACGAUAUAAUGCGAAGAGAGAGACAGGCGAUGAUGGCCCGAUUGAGUAUAUACAGGAUCCGGAUGUCCCUCCCUCCGCUACGGUUCCUACAUUCCUUUUACGCUUAACCAACGAUGACGAACUCAGCUUCAAAUUCACUUUCAUUCUCAGACAAACGAAGACAGGGAAUGUCACCAAUUCUACUGUCAACGGCGUUUCGACUUCCUUACCGGAGGUGGCAGAUACAGUAUUAACGGGGCUUACAUUUGCGCACGCACCCAACUCCAAGGAGCUUGAUAAUUUGAUCACGAGAGAAUUUCACGCCAAUCCGAACCUACAAAAUAAUUCUAAUGUACAGUUUGUGGGAGAUUAUUCCACUGGGGGCAGCCCCUCCGUACAAUUUGACUGGACCUGGAAAUGGAAACCUCCCAAGGUCGCGGAAGACAAAGGUGGUGGUUGGAGGAACAGCUGCAGCUUUUUGGAUUACGACCAGAGGGCAAACCGUCUCAACACACUGGCCUACUUCUCAUUCUGGGUACAAAACACUUCGCGUUUAAUCCUCUGCCCGCAGAUUACUUCGCCAAAUCUGGAGGUCAAUGUUCCAACCCGGAAUCGCAUUCCUUCAUCGCAGUCUAUCCUUUCCCAUUCUAGCGACGCAGAUACGGCUUCAAAUGCUCUGAUUGCGCCAGAGACGCCCCCUGAAUUGGUCGACGUGGCCCCAGUACUGACCCAGAGCUCUACAGCACCCCUUCCAGUGAAAGUCGACCUUCCUCAUUCCCGUCCUGGGGAGGACAUGAGUGCUGUUGAGGACGGUCCUCUGUUUCGAGCUACGAUGAAAGCGUUAGAACAGAAGACUGGAAGCAUGCGCGCUAAAAUCAAGAAAGUGCUCAAGAAAGCCGAAGCUGCUCAUCAAGCGCAAACCAUCUGCAAUGAAGCUGUAGAGGCCUUUUUAUCGGCACUGAAUGAAGCAUCUACAUCUAACACGAACGCCAUCCAACCGGCCCUCGACCAUUAUUUCGAGAAAACUGCGCGCCAAAUCUUGAAUUACGAACGGCUCAACACUGUCCAACUCCAGAAGCUUGUAAUCGAGCCAUUAAUAAAACUGUAUAAUAAUGAUAUCAAACAAGCCGAAUCGAAGAAGAAGGAUUUCGAAGAAGAAAGCAGGGAUUAUUACGCCUAUGUUGGCCGUUAUCUGGGACAACGACAGGAUUCGCUAAAGGAGAAGAAGCGAGCAGAAAGCGACUCGAAGUACCAAGUCAAGCGGCGAAAUUUCGAGUUAAAACGGUUUGAUUACUCUUCAUUUAUGCAGGAUCUCCACGGUGGCCGCAAGGAACAGGAGGUUCUUUCCCAUCUUACCAAAUACGCCGAUACACAAGCGAAGAGCUUCCUUGUCGCUGCUAAAAAUGUUGGCGACAUGGUCCCGCAGCUGGAUGCCCUUAUACAUGAGGUCAACCAGGCAGAUAAAGAGUUUAAAUUUCAACGAACGGAAAGGGAGGAGAAGCGAAGAGCCCUGGAGAAGAACAGCAACACGUAUAUGGAACCUGAUACUCUCGCCAACUCAAGCCUAACGUCAACGAUAAUUGGCAGUAGCAAUGGGAAUCCCAAAGCAGAGGUAGAAUUGGGUCGUGCAGAUAGUACCGGCUCCCAACUGCGCAGUGUCAUUAGCAACAACUCAGCUACGUCUACACAGGUAAACGCACCGACCAAUUCUUCGACCGGGCCAUCCAUUAUCAGUUCGACUGUGAAUUCAAGUGGCCAGCAAAGGAAGGAGGGACUACUCUGGGCUUUAUCUCGACCAGGGUCCCAUAUCGAUCCCAAGGGCAUCAACAAGCAGGCCUGGCAUAAAUUCUGGAUUGUCCUCGACCAAGGAAAGCUCUCUGAAUAUAGCAACUGGAAACAAAAGCUUGAUUUGCACAUGGAGCCUAUUGAUUUACGAAUGGCUUCGGUGAGAGAAGCUCGAAAUGCAGAGCGGCGAUUUUGCUUCGAGGUUAUUACUCCACAGUUCAAGCGUAUUUACCAAGCCACCUCGGAGGAAGAUAUGGCAAACUGGAUCCGCGCCGUUAACAAUGCUCUGCAGAGCGCCGUGGAAGGACGCAGUGUGUAUCCUCCGCCGGUGUCACCCGACAAUGAUACCAUAUCCAUCCGCCGUGACAUUGGUUCGGUAUUAACUGGGAAGAGUUCUUCAUAUUCCAGCCACUCCCAAUCGGCCUCUAGCAACAAUGUGACCCGCCGCACCACCGUGGGAGCAAGGCCAAGUUAUGUACGCCCCGAUGGACACGGUUUUGAAGAAAACCCCUCCAAGCUGCUACAAACGGUCCGUGAUGCAGAUCAAGGGAAUAACUGGUGCGCGGACUGCAACUCUUCAUCCAAGGUCGAGUGGGUGUCGAUUAACCUCGGAAUUGUCUUGUGCAUUGAGUGCAGUGGUAUCCACAGAUCUCUUGGAACACACAUCUCCAAGAUUCGAUCUCUGACACUCGACGUUAACUCCUUUUCGAACGACAUAGUGGAAAUUCUCCUCCAGAUCGGUAAUCGCGUGAGCAAUAUGGUGUGGGAAGCAACUUUGGACCAAUCGCAAAAGCCACUCGCAACGUCAACUCGAGAACAACGGCUGAAGUUUAUCACUGCCAAAUAUGCCGAAAGAGCUUUUGUGCAGCCACUGCCCUCUCCCCUAUCUCGGUUCUCCGCGCCAGAUGAGACCCUACUGGCUUCAAUUAAGAGAAAUGAUAUCCAGGGUGUUCUAUACGGCAUUGCCCUGCGGGCCAGUGUGAACAUCGCUGAUCGCUCUCGCAACACCCAUGCUGUUUUCCUCGCUCUGGCGGCAGCUGACCCGGCAUCGCCGGCAUCGACCUCAUCCAGCUUAUCGAUCCGUCCAAGCACUGCCUCGGUGAAGGCCAUUCCAUUCCCCAUCGCUGAACUCCUGGUCCAGAAUGGAGCCGAAAUUCCUUCGCAACCGCCACCGAUCCGUCUUUCCCCAGCCGCUCAACUCUAUCUCAACCAACGAACUGCCAGAAUAUCCACCUUUAGCCCCCCUCCUUCAGCCCCUGGCCGUCCGUCAGGAGACACACUGGGCUCGCUGCCCACAAUCCGGGGACCUGGGGCUGGAGGAGACCCUGCGAUAUCAUCCUCACAGGCACCGAGCACGUUGGACAGCAAGGAACGCGAGAGAUUGCACAAGCGAGGAAGUGCUGGAGCCAGGUUUGCCGGCAAGGUUGCUUCAUUGGGGAUUGAUCGAUAA